AUGGAUAAGACUUACCAUGCACAGUGUAAAUUGAUAAAGAAAAGAUCUAUCCCAGCACCUCCUAUACAUACACCUAUCAAAGUCCAAGUGCCAGCACCCAAGCCAACUCCAGUGAAGGCUCCUGCUCGAGUCCAUGUCCAGGCGGCCCCAUACCAUACACAACCAAAGACAACCCAAGCGAAAGUUCCAACACCUGUCCAAACACCAUCCUAUCCCAAGUCAACUCCGGCACAACCCAAGCCCGUGCCUACCUAUCCACAGACUCCCAAAGCCAUCCCCUCAACUCCUGCUCAACCACCAAAGAUCCAAGACUAUGUUAAUUGCAUCAACUCAUCAUUCCGCGAUAUUGUCAAUUUCUUCUUGGAAUGCCAACCUGAGCGCCUACCAUACUUGGCUCAUCGCAUGGAAGUGGAAAAGAAACGAUACUUCUCCAAUCAACAGUACAAGGAGUAUACUCUUCCAUUGAUGUUUGAAGAGCUAAAGGCUCAGGUGGUGUCACAGUUCCAGGAGAAGGGCGCUUUGGUCAAAGAAGAGACUGGCGAGCUCACCUUUCAGUCAAAGGAGUUAGCCUCGUCCUCCCUGGAAAUGGACAUGCAUUCGGUUAGCGAUCGAGUGAGACAAAGACAGAAGUCAGUGAUGCUUCCGUUCAAGAUCAACCUCACCAGCAUGCUACAAGAGCUCAUCUGGCAAGACCUGGUAUUGGUCACGCUAACUGAUACCAGUACCAACCAAACACUCCAUGUCAUGGCCUAUGUUGAGUCGGCAAGCCGUAUCAAGCAUGUACCCACUUCUCAGUCCGUGGUAGUAGAGAUACGAGACACCACGUCCAGGUGCAAGCAAGUCGUACAAUGGCUGUACAAUCCUCGCACCUACACAUCAACCAAGUACCCAAUCAAACUGAGAGUGUGCAAGGUGUCCAACUUUAUCACAUUCCAACGUGAGUUGUUCGCUGUGAACUCUCUGAGUUCUUGCAAGAUGGCGAUCCAGGUGCUCAUACCAAGACCAGUAACACCGGACAAAUGGUCACAGAGAUAUCCCGUCUCUCAAUCGAUGGCUACUGUUCUGAGUCGUACACUCAAUCAAUCACAGUUGGAUGCCGUGGCCAAGUGCAUGGCUCCCACUGGAUUCACAUUGAUCCAGGGUCCUCCAGGUACGGGCAAGACCAAGACCAUCCUUGCACUUCUCAGCGUCUUUCUCAAUGCAGUCCCAAGUAUCAAGAUUAUGGUCUGUGCUCCAUCCAACACAGCCGUCGAUGAGAUUGCCAUUCGUAUUCAAAACAAAGGACUAUUCAAUGAGUCGGGAACCCCAAUAGUGGACCGCCUCGCCUUCGAACAACUCCACCCCAAUCUUGACACGACGAGCCAUCCCAUGGUUGUUCGACUUGGCCAACUCAAGGCCGUCAGGCGUGAGCUACAUCCAAUGUGCCUCGAGUAUUAUCCAACCUUCAAAGAGAAGAAACAGGUGCUAAAAGAGGCCAGCAUCGUGCUGGGCACGCUGUCUUCUGCUGGCUCCAACAUGCUCAUCCAUCAUAGAUUUGACAUCAUAAUUGUCGAUGAGGCCACACAAUCAGUCGAACCGAGCGGUCUCAUCCCCUUACAGCUUGGCGCGUCGAAGAUGAUCCUGGUCGGUGACCCCAAGCAACUGCCUCCAACGGUAUUCUCGCGUGUGUGCACAAGGAAUGGCUACGACUGCUCGCUGUUUGAGCGCCUGUCACUCGACCACCCGACCCACCUCCUCACCGUGCAGUAUCGUAUGCAUCCGACCAUCUCAGAGUUCCCUUCGCGUGCAUUCUACAAUGGUCAAGUCGUCGACUCUAGCACCGUCAGAGAGUUCAAGCAACCAUUCUACAACAACACCCGAAGCUAUGGACCUCUCAACUUCUAUGACAUUGCCGAAUCAUGCGAGGAGUCUGGCCCCAAGUCAUUCCAGAACUCGCAAGAGGUCACCAUGGUGUUCCUGUUGAUCAAGAAGCUGGUGCAAGACUACCCUUCAGUGAAGAAGAUGAGCAUCGGCAUCAUCACACCCUACAAGCUACAGAACAAACGUCUUCAGGAGGUGAUGCAGAAGGAGUUCAAUGUCCGCGGCAUGGAUAUCACCAACAAGACUGUCGAUGGAUUCCAGGGUGGUGAGAAGGAUAUUAUUAUCCUGUCUACCGUGCGCCAGAGCAAAAUGGGCUUCCUCACCGACAGACGUCGUCUCAACGUGUCCAUCACGCGUGCCCGCUAUGCAUUGUACAUCAUUGGAAAUGGCAAACUGCUGGAGCAGGACGAGCUCUGGGGCUCGUACAUCAGGUACAUCAGGAAGUGCACUCAGGCCAACAAUGUCAUUACGUUGACCGACAUGAAGACGAUGGCCUUCACGGUCAAGCAUCAUGACAUGAACAACCCUGAUGGACUGGUCACACCAAACGAGCGUAUCCUGGCCGACCUGAAGAGGCAGAUGUAUGAAGAGCAAGACCGAGCCAUACUCGGAGACUACGAUGACGAAGAAGACUUUGAAAGAGACAACAAUGGCGACGACAUUGAUGGUGUCCCCUUUGCAAACGAGGAGACUGAUGUACAACAGGAACAGCCAGGUCUAUUCACAUGGAUGCUCUCCAAGUUAUCAUUGAUCAACCCCAAUGCCGACUACAACCAGGUGUUGACAAUGACCUAUGAUUUCUUGGAGGAGAUAAAGUCAACAAUGGCCAACGAGAUGGAUGUCUCAUACAAACGACAACAGAUCAAAGAGAUCAAGACUACUAUCAAGACCAAUAUCCGAAGACUGGCAGGAAUGCGUCCCGAUCCAUCGAUGAUGUACCUGCCAUCGGGCACCAACCUCCAUGCCAUGAGCUCUUUGCUCGAGCAAAUAUACGAGUCCGUGCGCUGCAGUGAUGAGGAUCACAUGAACAAGCAACAAGCAUUUAACAUGCUGGACAGAGUACUGACCGCCAAGUUCCCUGAUUGCAACGUGCAGGCAUACGGAUCAUUCGUCAAUGGCAUCGAGCUCACGGGCAGCGACAUCGAUGUGUGCAUGACCGUUCAGACGACAUUCACCCUGGAGCAACUCAUGGAGAAGGUGGCACUGGCACUCCUUGACGCUGGCUAUCAUGUUGACGCCCUGAUCACCACUGCACGCGUACCCAUCGUUCGCUUCCACUUGGACAAUGUCAACUUUGACCUCUGCUUCAACAAUCACUACGCCGUACGCAACUCUACUCUGAUCAAGUCAUACACCAAGGUGGACAGUCGUGUCCAGCCACUGCUCGUACUUAUCAAGCACUGGGCAUCGCGCAAGAACAUCAACAACACGCAGACCCACACACUGUCAUCGUAUGCCCACGCCAACAUGGCCAUCCACUACCUGCAGACUUGCGAGCCACCCGUUGUACCCAACCUUCAGGACUCACAAAGACAGGUCAUUGGCAACAACAACAACAAUCGAAAGACUUUGGCCGAGCUGUUCUAUGGAUUCUUCAGGUAUUACAGCACGAUGGACUUUAGGAACAACCUGAUCAGCAUACGAUAUGGCCAGUUGGUGGCAUUCACCGAUGUGCCACACUACCUGGACAAGGCGUUCAGGGCACGCGACAAGCCAAUAUGCAUUGAGGACCCCUAUGACACAGUGCACAAUCCCGGUGGCAGUGUCACCAAAGACACCUUCUCCUCAAUCCUCUGCGAGUUCCGCUUCGUCGAGCAUCAACUCAGGACCCAGGCCUCAUUCAACAUCAAUCACCUCUUCUCCAAGAAUGAUCUCCAACUUGAACUUUAUGAUUAA